AUGUCCUUACUUCAGCACACCGGUCCAUCAACGCUUUACACGGAAUUAGCAGAGUUACCCCUUCCUGUGUCUGCUGAUUUCGUUGGCGGCGGAUGGUGCCGUAAUAUCACACGAUCCCUCACCAAGACUUUCCCUGAGGGCAUCGGUUCUGAUCAUCAGACAACAUCCCAUGAUUCCUUCGAAGUUAAGGCAUUUAGAACAUCUCCUUCCAAGUCUCGUCAGGCUGUCCUCCGAGAGGUUGCUCAUGGCACAAGUACGAAACGUUUCGUCGAAAUCUGGGCCGGCAUCCAGAUAGAGGCUUCCUUGGAUGUCACAAAGUACCACGACUGCUUUCCAUACAGAUGGUCCACAGCCUUCACCAAGGCUACUAAGCAAGAUAUGUUACUCGUUGCCCUUUCGCUGGCACAGCCUACCCAAGCACCCGUCCUGUUUGGCCAAGCUACUUUUGCGACAGAAGAUAUCAUCUACACCAGUGGAUACGAACACACCAAAGACGGUCGACUACUGGGGAUUAAAUGGUGCUUCAAUCGCCCCAUGGUCAGCGACCGUGCAGGGGACAGCUUUGGUGCUAAAGUGUCAUGCAACGCAUUGAAGCUGACACCGUCAGAACGGUCUUGUCGUUCACCUCGUGUAUUAUAUGAUAACAAUCAGACACCUACUAAACUCUUCUGGUUCUCGAAUCCUGUCGGCGGCCCCCACGCAUCUUGCGUGUCUCUGGAAUCUCGUGAUCUAACUACAGGUACCAACAAGGUCCUCGUGGAUACCGUAAUGGAGCCUACCCCCGAAACCGAUUUUCCAGGUCUAUAUCCCAAUUAUAACAUGCCCUCCAGCCCGUUUUUACGUCGCGGAGACCAUACAUACAUCGUACUCCACUCCUUAUGGCGCUCUCGUGCGACGAUCCUCUUCAUCGAUACAGAAUCAGGAGCAAUUUCGGACGAGACAAAAAUGCGAGAUGGUGAACCUUUGUAUAACUGGGAUUUACAUGCUACGGACGACAAGACGCACUUCAUCUGUUCAAGGAGCACGCCUACUACCCCACACGAAGUAUUACUAGGGUACUUCGAUGAACACGACAACCUCAAUUGGAAAAACGCACUCCGUGAUCUCACUGCAUCGAUCAUACCAAUUGGCGCGCGUCCUCCAACAGAGACUAUUGUAAUUCAGUCGAAGAAAGCUUCCACAAGACCUGGCCCAAAACCUAUCUGCGUUACCAUUCCACAUGGAGGACCACAUAUAUCAACGACAACAUCAUUCUACCCAGCUACUGCUGCACUAGCCUUGGAAGGAUAUACAAUUUCCCUUCCCAACUAUACCGGUUCCAUGGGAUUCGGCGAGAAGUACAUCCAAAAACUUGUCGGGCACUGUGGAGCAAUGGAAGUACAAGACGUCGUAGAGAGCGUCAACGAGCUCAUCCGUCUGGGCAUCUCAGAGCACGGACGACAAGUCAUUCAAGGUGCAAGCUACGGCGGUUUCCUCGCCGCGCACCUGAUCGGCCAAUACCCAACCCUAUUUAACGCAGCAGUGAUGCGCAACCCCAUAACUAGUUUUGGCGAACUAGCGUCCGACAUCCUCGACUGCGCCUACACUGAAUUCGGGCUUCAAUUUACCCCGGACUCGCUCAUGACACCCGCCAUAUUCCAACAAAUGUUCGAAGCGUCGCCUAUCGCGCACGUCGAUAAUGUACGCGCGCCUGUAUUGUUGUUGAUUGGAGAAGACGACCUGCGUGUGGGACCGGCACAGGGGUUGAGAUUUUAUCAUGCGCUCAAGGGCAGGGAAAGGAGAGUGGAAAUGUUGUGGUUUAAGGGGGAGAUGCAUUUACUCAAUGGUAUUGAGGCGGCAAGGGUUUCAUUGGAGGCUGGGAGGGAUUGGUUUAAGAAUCUGGGGCAAAACCCAGUUGACUGAUGAUGUGGAGGAUUUGUUAUGUGGCCAACGUGUGAGGUGCGGGACGUGAGCAAGGAGGAU